AUGAUUGCAAGGAUAUUACGGCAGCAAGUGCCUACUCUUAGAACCGCUAUUCGUCGCCCCAAGCACCAGACAUUCUCAUCAACUGCUCACCGACAACCAACCUCGGACUUGAAUCCAUCCACAUUCAUGAUUGCUGCUGCAUCUUUAGCAGUCAUUGGUGCUGGAGGAUUUGCCUAUUGGAAGUACAUUACACAUUCAAAUUACCCUCUAGAUGUCAAACAACACCUCCGUCAGGCUCUAUAUCAUCACAAACACGCUCCCCAAGACAUGAAAAAUCUGGCUGAGAUCCACUAUCUCCAAGCGCUCGAUUCGGCCGAAAAAGCCAAUGUCCCUCCGCACUCAAAGGAGUUUUUGGGAAUCAUGGUGGAAUUGGCUCAACUGUAUGAAGAUUUAAGUCGCUUCGAGGCUGCUGCAAAGACAUUCAGUGACGCUUGGCGUGGCUAUCUAGCUGGUGGUCAUUAUAUUGAAGCUGUCGGUGCUGCUCAUCGUACUGGAAGAGCAUUUGAAGCUGCUGGAGACUUGACUCACGCUGAAGCCGCUUACGCUUGGAGUGUAAAAGCAUGUCUGGGCCUCGUAGAAUCGCACCCUGAAGAUGAUGACACAUCCCGAUCUGGAUCUUCGACACAACCACAACGUAAUGAUGCUACGGAGGUACCAAUAUCUCAACCAAUCACACAAUCUCCUCUCAAACCUCAAUUGGCUGAUUGGGCAACUUCCACUGACUUGUCGACAUCCCUCGAUUUACUGGCCAACUUGUACGCUGCCACUUCUCGCCCGCAACUCGCUAUAGCACUCUAUACUCGGAUAAUGACUAUUAUAGAUACCUCUGAAAAGUGCAAAAGAGCAGUCUUGCAAAACAAUCUUGCUGAAUCCUAUGUUGCUAUUGGUCGAAUUGAUGAUGCAGUGAGGUUUGCAGAGAAUGCCAUCAAGGACGCCUCAAAAGCUGGUAAAGAAUGUGUAGAAUGCUUGGCUGUAGCUACUUUCAAUUUGGGUGCCAUCCUUGAAAUGAAGGGAGACAUUGCUAAGGCUCGAAAACUGUAUCAGCAAGCCCGUGACUUGAAUGUUCCGAGCACAACGUCACAGAUUGAAGAAUCUCUCUCUCGCUCAACCUCAACGUAA